AUGGCUGAAGUGGUGAGCUUCACGGUUCCUGCCGGGUCUGACAAGACUCUGUUUGUGUGGGAGCUGAGCCCCGGGCCUGGGGCCGAGGCCCUGCAUCGCUCUCUGUUCACAGUGUUCUCUCGGUUCGGUCUUCUCUAUUCGGUCCGUGUCUUUCCCAAUGCUCCCGAGGUGGCUCCUGGCUUCUAUGCCAUUAUCAAGUUCUACUCCGCAAGAGAUGCCCGCACAGCCCAAAAGGCGUGUGAUCAGAAACAGCUGUUUCAGGAAUCUCCUGUGAAGGUUCGUCUUUGCACUAGACGCAAGAUGCAUCAGUAUCCUGUCUAUCCGCUCAGCAGCUUCAGAUGCCAAGAACUGGCCAAUUACUACUUAGGUUUCAAUGGAUGGUCAAAACGAAUCAUCAUGUUGCAGAAACUUUCUGACUUCAAAGUAAUGGAAAACACAAGCCCAGCCAAGUCAUCUGCAAGACAAAGUCUGAAGUACUUCUGUGCUUUAGAAGUGGUGUUGCCAGCCUAUGGGUGUCAAAGUCGUGGUGCUGGCAUUUCAGAAGAAUACUUGGAGCCACAAGAAAGUCCAUUAGAGUUUCUUAUGAAAAAGAAGAAAACUCAGAAGUUGGCCAUUCAGAAAGCUUUAUCAGAUGCAUUUCAAAAAUUGCUGAUGGUGGUUUUAGAGAGUGGUAAAGUAGCUGUGGAAUACAGACCCACUGAAGAAGGAGAUUCUGCCACAGGAGAAUUCGAAAACUUGAUUCAAGUCAGUGAUGUUUCUUCUUACCAAGGAGAAGAAGAAUGUCUCUCUGAUUUCAGCCUGGACGAAGAGUGA